AUGAGCACAAUUGAACUACGGGGUGUAGGAGGCAAACCCGUCUCAGUAAACACCGGCCUUUUCAUCAACAACGAAUUCCAGCCAUCUGUCGGCGGUGAUGUCUUGCCAGUGGAGAAUCCUGCUACCGGUGAUUUAUUAGCCUCAGUAUCAUCAGCACAACGCGUUGAUGUUGACGCGGCAGUAUCAGCCGCGCAAGCCGCUUUUCGAGGCCCGUGGAAGGAUGUGCUCCCAGCGAAGCGAGGAGAGCUUCUCCUGCAACUCGCCUCCCUAAUGGAGCGCGACAUCGAUGACCUCGCUAGUCUCGAGGCUCUUGACGCGGGCAUCUUGGCCGGGGAAUCCAAGGGCCUCCACGUUCCGCAGGCGUGCGAGACGCUACGGUAUUUCGCCGGAUGGGCCGACAAGAUUACCGGGCAGUUGCUUCAUAUCCCCCAGGGCUAUGCCUACACUCGACGAGAACCUAUCGGGGUAUGCGCCGCUAUUGUCCCGUGGAAUGCGCCGUUGAUUAUAACCUGCUGGAAGCUCGCUCCUGCCAUCGCCGCCGGCAACACGCUGAUCAUCAAGACGCCGGAAGCAGCACCGUUGUAUGGACAAAAACUCGCGGCGCUCGUCCGUGAGGCUGGCUUUCCACCGGGAGUCAUCAACAUCAUCACCGGAGAAGGUCCAGUGGCUGGGCAGGCUCUCGCCGAACACUUGGGCGUCAAGAAGCUUGCCUUUACCGGGAGUUCCAUUGCGGGCCGCCAAAUCCUCAAGGCUUCCGCCGACUCCAACUUUAAAAAGGUGUCGUUGGAACUGGGAGGCAAAAGCCCGUCCAUUGUCUUUGCAGACGCAGAUCUUGAGAACGCGUUAUUCUGGACGACUCUGGGCAUUACGGCAAAUAACGGGCAGGUGUGCGCCGCGGGAUCGCGCAUAUAUGUGCACUCGUCCGUAUACGAGAAAUUCCUUCAUUCUUUUGGAGAGAAGAUUAAGCAGUCGUCUCCUGGUGACCCUCUGUUGCCUGAGAGUACAAAAGGCCCAAUUGUAAACAAGAAGCAGAUGAGCCGCAUCAUGGGGUACAUUGCACAUGCAAAGGAGUCUGGCCUUAGGGUAAUUGGCGGGAGCGAAAACAACACCUCUCAGGGAUACUUCGUGCCCAGUGUGGCUUUCGCCGAUGUACCAAACGACUCGCGUCUCAUGCAGGAGGAGAUAUUUGGCCCUGUAGCGUCCAUUGCCAAGUUCGAAACUGAGGAAGAGGUCAUCGGGUUGGCCAAUAACAGCAGCUAUGGACUGAGUGCAGCCAUUUUCACCAGCAACAUUCAUCGUGCGGACCGAGUUUCGGCUGCACUCGAGAGUGGCCAGGUCACGGUAAACUGCUGGGGUCUGCUGAACGCCAACGCGCCGUUUGGAGGCGUGAAAGAGUCCGGGUUCGGCCGGGAUAUGGGACAGGAAGCGCUUGAGGACUGGUUGGUGACGAAGAGUGUUAAGCACAACAUCCUACCUGCCUAA